CAAUGGAAACAAUUAUAAAUAUACUACGUUUAUAUUUGCGUUUGUGUGACGCGGGCGCAGUGCCCGACGCAACUAGGUUAGGAAUACACGUGUUGUGUCAUUAUGGAAUCCGUACCUGUGAAUUUGUUAGAGCUUGGGAAGAGUGAAGUGCAAAAUUUCCUUGAUUCAUUUGAUCAUGUGUUUUCUGAUUGUGAUGGCGUCAUAUGGUCAAAAGGACCGUUACCAGGGUCAUCAGACUUCUUUAACUUCAUGAAGAAACAUGGGAAGACGGUAAAUUUCGUAUCGAACAAUAGUUUAAGGACCAGAGCUAAUUAUGAAGCCCAGUUCAAAGCUUCAGGAAUUGAUAAUGGUUUUGCGAACCUCACAAUUCCGUCGCUGGCGAUAGCUGAAUAUUUAAAAUCAGUGAACUUCGACAAAACUGUAUAUUGUGUGACGUGUGAGGAGACAAUCCACGUUUUGGAGGCUCACGGAUUUAAAUGCAAACAAGGUCCAGAUGUAGGUCCUGAGUUCUACGGAGAGUUCCUUAAGUUCCUAGAAGAUGAUGAAGAAAUUGGCGCGGUGGUGUUCGACAGUGACUUUAAAGUCAAUCUGCCCAAAUUGUACAAAGCGAUUACUUAUUUAAAGCGACCUGACGUGCUAUUCCUCAAUGGCGCUACUGACAGAGUGGUCCCUUUGAAGCCUGGAUGCUUGGCGUUAGGAACUGGUGUAUUUACCGACAUAGUAGUGGAGCAAGUGGACAGAGCACCGGUACAACUGGGCAAGCCGGGUAAAGCAUUCGGAGAAUUCGCAAUGAAACGAGCUGGAGUUACAAAUCCGAGCAGAGUGCUCUUCAUUGGAGAUAUGAUGGAACAAGACAUUGGCCUGGGAAAAGCAGUCGGGUUCAAGACUUUGCUAGUACUUACAAACUCUACGGUAGAAGACAUGAUGGCACACAAAACUAUCAAACCAGAUUAUUAUGCCGAUUCACUCGGUGCUAUAGCAAAAUUCUUAAACAGUACAUUUACGUAAGAAGUAGGACAAUUGUGAUAAAUUAUUUAUUUAUGUAGCCAAUUAUUUCCUUGAUUAUACAAUAGAAAUUCCAUCUUAAAAAUGAAUAAAACAGAAACAGUUUGUGGAAUAGACGUCAAAUUCCUUUAAUUGUAAUUGUAGCCGAACUUGCAGUAUUUUUAAAGCUAUCCAGCUGAGUCCCCAGGAAUGACAAAUCCCUAGUGUUAGGAUAUUUCUUUCCGCCCGGAUAUCGACCAUCGUACGCAAGAUGUAAAACCCAUCAUAGUGACACGUAAGCGUGUCGCGAUCUGGGAUCAUCGAGUGUAUAUCCAAUUUCAAACAGGCCGGCAUAAUUGUGUCGAUUGGCGAGGGGUAAUCAUCCUGUCAGUGGACACUAUCCGGAUCCUACAACACUUACUAUCAAGUGCUGUGGGGUCACUUUUCCUAGUCUGUGAAAAAUAAUAAUGUUGUGUCAUGUCGACUGCUCGACUUUCCAAUACUAUAUUUACGGAAAGGCUAAAUGUGGAGACUGUAAAAAGGCUUCCUAAUUAUGAACUACCUCUACUAUCUAUUUUUACAUUCAGCGUCCGUAUUUACUAUUUGACACUCGAGGCGAGAAAGUUUCUAUGAGUUUAUUUUUAGUUUCUUUUUCUGGAAUAUGUUACUUAAUUUAAUAAAUAAUGCCUUCUAUCGAUCAUAUAUUUACGAAUACAAUUCCAUGUUAGAUGUUAUUAUAUAUUUGCGGAGAAAUAUAAUAGUUCCUUGAAUAUUUUGAAUGUUUUAAACAUCUUAAUAAUUAUGUGUCAUUUACUCUGUUAAUACAUUUUAAAUACCAAAGAACUGUUAGAACAAUUUUUUAUACAUGAAACAUAGGACUAUUUCAAUAUUACACGAAGAUGAAUUCAUGUGAUAUCCUUCCAUUUACAUUACCCGUUAGUAAGAAGCAUGUGAUUGUAUUAGCGACCCAAAAAAGAGUAAUUGUUUUAAUGGCUUUAAAGUUCAAAAUGUCUCGUAAUAAACAGAACAGUUCUGAUAAGAUUCAUUUCAUCAGGUCUGUGUGUAAAUUAACCUUUUUUCAAAAACAUGAGAUCACAAUUUGGUUUUAUAUGUAAACUUAUUUUGACAGAAUAAAAUUAAGAUCCAUAAAAAUAAAUUGUUAUAAUUAAGCAUUGAGAUUUUAUAGUUAAGCCAUUUAAUUUUGAUAAUAAACAAAGCAUUACCUCAUUGCAUCUGCUUACUAUUUCUGUACUUAAUGAAACUACUUAGACAGUAUUUGAUACCGAUUAGAUAAUUAUAUACUUAUUCGCUUUGCAUGUGAUAUUUUUAUAGUGUACUUUAAGAUGACUAUGGAAAUACUGCAUAUUAUCGUACUAAAGUGAGACAGUUUCCACCCGAAUAAUGCUGUUUGCAGAUCAAAAGCUAAGCAUAUCUAAUUUAGCACGCAUAACUGAAGUAAUAACACAGUCAAUAGAUUAGAAUACUUAGUUCGCACAAGGCUAACUAGUGGACUAAGGUCUAAUCCCUCUCCGUGGUAGAGGAGACCCGUGCCCAACAGUGGGCCAGUAUAUAAUACAGUAAUGAUAUUAUUAUUAUGCUUAGUUCCCGAUCUGCAUAGCAGUGUUGCAACUCGGGUGCAAACGGCUCGCGUUGUUGCAUGAAGGCUAGCCUUCGAUGACACGUUAUAUGAAUAUUUAGAUUAUGGCACUAGUAUAUAAACAUUUUUGUACUUAGUUCAAUACGUUCUAUAUGAUCAAAUACAUCUUCUUCUGUGUAUUUUCAAAUAUCAAUACACUAACAAUAAAUUGCAUUUAGUCUUAAUAAUA